AUGAACCUCUGGCUCCGACUGACCACUUGCCCUGACUUAGGGGGACAUAAUAGCAGCCUGCCAAUACCUAUGAGGAGGUCGCUACGAGACCAGAGCCAGACUCUUCAGUGCUGCAUGGUGGAAGGGCGAGAAACAAUGAAUUUGCUAAUCAUUGAUUUUGCUUAUCGCACCGAAAGACCACGCGAGUUCCUGAUCCAGGCGCUGGAAAGGGUGAAGGCUGGAAAACGAGCCGAGGGGGAGUACCCUUACCUCAUGGACGAGGCCAACCUGGCUGCCAUGUUCGAGUUGCUGGAUGUUGUAGGCCAAGGCCACAUAACACCAGCGCAGUACAGAGAAGCUCUUAAAACUUUGGGACUGAGCACUGAAGAUCUGCAGUUUGGAGGUGAUGUGAAUAUCACGCUGGACGUAUUCAAGGAAGAAGUGAAGAAAAAGAUGCUGGAGAGCUGGGCUGUGUAUUAGUUGGAGCAGUGGUCUGCUCUAUAUAUUAAAAAUAGGCACCUUGCUCAAUUCUCCUUCUGGUUUGUCAGCUGAUUUUAAGCAGUACUCUCUUUUUUUCCUUCUGCACCCCACCCCCCCAUUUGAGCAAUCAGCUGAAAAGGACAAAUAACAGGAACUUGUUCAUGUUUACCAGGCACUGGAGAGUUCUCUCUUGAGAAUUGCUUUUCUUAAUACACUUAGAUGGUUAAAAAAAAAGUGCUUGGACUUUCCUCCUUCAGUUUGUAGCUUACAGUAAGGGGUUGCUACUUGUUUGCUCAUUACCAUUGAAUAAAAUUAACUUUAAGCAUUGAGCUGUUUCUUCAGGUGUUUUUUAUUUUUUGGGCUUGUGCUGUUUUAAAAAGGAAAGACCAACUUCAGCAAGUUAUGACAAGUGUCCACAGUUGAAGAAAGGUAGCACUUCCAACUAUUUAUGCAAUUUUUAAGGAGAAACUUUAAAAAUUAAAUAGGAGAGACUCUGAUACAGGAAAGAAAAAAAAAAAGAAAGUGACAUAUUCCUUCAUUGCUUCCUUCUGUGUUCUGUAUAUACACAUUUUAACACAGAACAUCCAUUACCUGGGAUUUAGAGAUGUAAAACAUCUGUGUUUAAGUGAAGGAACAGUUGUCUGUAUUGUACACAGGUGUAUUUACACUGGAAAUAUUCUGUAUUCUUUAGAAUGAUGUUACAGCACACAACACUGACAAGGCAGACACAUGCACUAGAGAUGAAGACGGUUUUAGCUUCUAAAUGCAAUGGCAAGGUGGCUAUGGAAAGUAAGAUCUGCGCAGUUCGAAACCAAGUCAGUAGCAUUUUGAAAAUUUUUUUAAAUGGUAUACAAUAAGGCAUAAGAUUAGAUUAAACCA